AUGGCACGACGAAACUCAUUCGACCAAGCAUCAGCUGGCUUCCGCGCUCAUCUGCCAGACCUCAGCAGUCCGCGCUUUACAACAGCCGCAAAGCAGAACAUCUACGAGUAUGUCCAGGACAUGCAAGACAACCGUGCUCCACCCUGGCUGUACGAUCUGACAAAGGUCUGGGAGAAGUUACUGGAAGAACCAUACAAAGGUAUCACGAAUGACGGCAAAGUAAGAGAAGGCCUAUUCGAAGCACGAGACGAAGGCGCAGAUGUAGGUGGCGCGGUCAAGAAGGCUGAAGAGCUGCUCGCAAGUCUUGAGAGCGAGCAAAAAGAGAAGGUUUCAUAUUCGAUUAAUGCAAGAGAGUGGAGAGCAUGGAGUAACCCUGAGUUCCUACUGAGACCGUUUGGGCUAAGACUUGAAGAAGUUUCCGAAAGUACUGCACAAUCAAUACUCGCGGUGGUAGAAGCAUCUCUCUCACCGGAAGGCUACCAAAAGGCUCUCUCGGCCAUGCGCGUGAAUCAUUUCCUAGGCGAAGUCUGCAAACUACCCAACAUCUUGAACAAGUACUCUUACAACUUCCUACUUUUCGGCACACCCUCUACCUCCGCUUCAUCGCCUUGGGGGUGGCUUCUCUACGGCCAUCAUCUUGAUAUUUCAUGUUUCUUCAAAGGGAAUCAGGUCAUCAUGAGCCCAUCAUUCACCGGGGCAGAACCAAACAUCAUUGACGAGGGAGAAUGGAAGGGUACUAAGAUCCUGCACAAAGAAGGAAGCCUGGGCUGGAAGCUGAUGCAAAGUCUGAGCCACGAACAGCAGCAAAAGGCACAGAUCUUUAAAAAGAUGAGAGAUGAAGGCAUGAAGCAAGUUUACGGCAACUCCAAUAACGACGAAACCAAGCGCGAUGAGCUCAUUACCGAUACCUGGGGUCCAGACGACCAGCGUCACCGAUGCGGCGCCUUCCGCGACAACCGCAUCGUACCUUACGAAGGAGUCCUUGUAUCGUCUCUUGACUUUUCCCAACAAGACCUCGUCCUUUCUAUAUGCGAAGAGUUCCUGUUGUAUCAUCCAUCAAAGGCGCGCCAACUCAAGCUUGAACAGAUCAAACAACACUUUGAAGAAACAUACUUUUGCUGGAUCGGAGGCUUUGGCGAAGAUGACGCGUUCUACUUCCGUAUCCAGAGUCCCGUUAUCUUGGUCGAGUUUGACCAUCACUCUGGCGUGUUCCUGACGAACAAGGAGCCAGCAAAGUACCAUACGCACACUAUCGUAAGGACACCGAAUGCAGGAGACUACGGACAGGCUAUCAGAGAAGGAAACGAAAGAUUAGAUUUCAUAAUUGCCCUCAGACUCAGCCCGGUCAAUCACCCACCACAACCCAGUUCUGAUCGAUAUAUCAACAUGCCUUCAACUACGAAUGACAAGAUAGACUCAUCUAGUGUCUCCGAUCUACACCCUUCAUCCAUCAGCAGUCCCGCUUCGAUGAUGUCUGAAGAAGUAGACUCGUCUCCAGGCUCGGAAGAGAGUGAGCCCGCUCAAACCAUGGCGCUCAUCCCUUACGCCGCAGCACAAUCUACUUCGAACGUAGCUUACCUAGAGCCCGAAAGCCCUACUCUUCUCACAUCUGGUAACGUGUACAAUGUUGAUGUUCCACCUUGGAUUGCAAGUGCGAAUCCGAUCCACCAGCAUCAGGCAACGAACAAGUUUCCCUCCUCUAUGCCGCCAACAUUGGGCCUUUCACCUGCACAGCAAGCCGCUACGACCGGUCCGCAGCCGACAUACGCUCCUUUGCCGGUGAUCACUCCUAUUCAUAACCAUAAUCAACAAACAUUCGGCUUAGCAAGCUUUCUACAUACGAAUCUAGUUACCGCAUUUGAUUCGCAGUGA